GGGAGGUAGGAGCAGACGGAGCUCAGAUUCAUUUCUGCUGGUGGUGCUGGAGGCACAACAUAUUGCAAGAGCAUAACCUGACACACAAGGAGCUGGGACACCCACAGCUAUCAAAUGGAUUACUCUGACAUAUACUUGUGAACUCCGACAAAGCAAAGGACCAUACAGUAAGGAGGCACACAAAGGACUUGUCCAGAGCUUGCAGAAUUUCUUUGUCAUACUUACAGAAAAUAAAAACUACCUGGCUUUGAUGAAGACACAUUGAUUCAGGAGCCAGCUGAGUGGAGGGACUUGGAUUGACAGCACUGAAGAUGUGAAUGCUUUGGGUAAAAUCUGACCACUUCUUGCCACACAGCAGCACCACUUUUGUGGAUCAUAAUCAUCGAGACGAGAGCGAAACACACCAAGAGAAAAGGACACGCGUGAGAAAGCUUACCAUGCAUUGACAACAAGGAAUGGAAAGCAUCAGUGUGGAAACGGACUGGGAUGGGUUAGCCCUGUCCUCUCUGGUCACAACAGGAAGGAACAACUUCUCGUCCUCAUCUUUGUUUCUUUCUGAACUGAACUCCCUCAACAGUUCUCACAGCGGGGGAUCCUUCUUCGGGAUUUUCCCUGAGAAUGGUUCCACCACCACGCCUUACACCCUGCCCCAGCCCAAGAUGAGGGACCUGGGCCUGGCCCGGGCAGAGAUUGCAGUGCUCGGGGUGGUGCUGGCUCUUACCACCCUGGGGAAUAGCUUUGUGCUGUGGGUUCUGCUGAGGAGGAGGAAGCAUAAUGCCCCCAUGCACGUGUUCAUGGUCAACCUGUGUGUGGCUGACCUGGUGGUGGCCCUCUUUCAGGUUCUUCCCCAGCUCAUAUGGGACAUCACAGAGAGGUUUCAGGGGCCUGACUUUCUCUGCCGGUCCAUCAAGUACUUGCAGAUUGUGGGCAUGUUUGCUUCCUCCUACAUGAUAGUUGCCAUGACGGUAGAUCGGCACCAGGCCAUCUGCUGCCCGUUGCAGGCCUACCGUGGGGGAGCAAUGUCCUGCUGGAACACCCCUGUCAUGGUGGCCUGGGGCUUGGCUCUAGUUCUCAGCAUACCGCAGGUGUUCAUCUUCUCUCGCUCAGAAGUGGCUUCUGGGGAGUUUGAGUGCUGGGGUCACUUUGCUGAGCCGUGGGGGCUGAAGGCCUACGUCACCUGGAUGACCAUGGCUGUCUUCGUCCUGCCCGCCCUCAUCAUUACCAUCUGUCAGAUAAGAAUCUUCCGAGAGAUUCACAAUAACAUCUACCUGAAGUCAGAGAGGAUAGUGAUGACUGAGUUAAAGAAGAAUGAAAUCUUCUUCCGCUUCCACAGCUUUAAGAAGGAGGACGAGCGGGCCAGGGAGAGGGAGAGGGAGAGGGAGAGGGGGAUAUGGGCGUCUGGAGGAGGGGGUAGGAACGACAGAGGAGGGCAGCUCAUAAAGGGUGUGAAUAACAACCCUCACAAUAACACCCAUAACAGCCAAGUGGGACAGUGUUACGACUAUGUACCAUCAUCUAUCCAGUAUAACAGUUGCUGUGGUGAACAUGUGACAACAACAUCGCCUACACAGCAGCAAACACUGAAGGGCUCAGAUUGCCAGGACUCCUACAUGUCCUACGAGCUAGCCUCAGGCUCACCCCGCUGCUCCCUUGACUAUGCACGCCCUCCCCCUCCAGCCACUCCCCCUCCAGCCACUCCGCCUCCAAGCAUCACUAAAGCCAUGUCCAAGACAGUGAGAAUGACCCUGGUCAUUGUGCUGGUCUAUACUAUCUGCUGGUCACCUUUCUUCAUUGUCCAGCUUUGGGCGGCCUGGGACCCUAACCCUCCACACCAAGCAAGAGUGGCCUUCACUAUCCUGAUGCUGCUGGCUAGUCUGAACUCGUGCACCAACCCGUGGAUCUACACAGCUUUCUCCAGCAGCGUGUCCAGAGAGCUGCAGAACCUGCUGCAGUGUCGGUCGCGAACUGGCCGCCGGGGCUCCCUGCCCGACGACUCCACCACCACACACACCUCCACCACCAAGGACACCCUGUACUGACAGAGACUGAGACAGAAACAGACACACAGAUAUAUGUUUGAAAAUACAUGCACAGGUGCACAUGGGCCCGAUGCAAGGAAGUGCAACUCUGCCAUCACCACCUCCAGUGUCACAGCCUGAGAACAGAGCGCGCUGACCUCUACCAGAUGUUUCCAACAACAAAGGACAGCUGUACUGUCAACAGGACCUUUAUCUGUAAUCACCGGCCCUCUCCACCCCAACAGAGAGGAAUGGUGUCAUUGAGAAUGGCACUGUGGAAUAUACAGUGGCUGUCAGUGACAGCAUCUGUAAUGCAAAAUGGCCUUGAAAGUAAAGAGCUUUUCACCUCAGAUGCAGUUGAGAAGGACCCUGUGCAUUGAUUUAUAAGAGUACAACUCUUUCCUGCUCAGACUGAGUGGAGCAGCAGGAAUGCAAGGGGUGGAUCACUGAAUGAAUGGCCUUACGGCACGCCUAAUGUACAAAGCAGCAGACAAAGCAAUGGGUGUAGGGAAAACAAAACAUCAGACUUAGAGAGACACACACAUACAGCAAUAGAGCGAGACGGCUGUUGGACUGAAAACAGACAGGGGAAGACAUGGAUGUUACAGCUGCAGGAGCAGUCAUGAGAAGGUUGUAGUAAAAAAUCUAAAAAUGUGAACAAUCUUUAUUGAAUCAAAGAAAGUAGAUCAGAGGCGGAUUCUUGAGGCUGAAUUCAUAUUCACUCAGGAGGAAUCCUGUUCCAAGUAACAAGAGUGAUUUGUUAGCCAGAUGGACGGAGAUUCACUCAUGAGGACAGUGCGUAGAGUCAGGACACUGCCCCGCGAGGAACUGGAAUACUGGGGAUUACUGCAGACUGAAACACACA